AUGGAGUUGGACUUCGACAAGUAUUGUGUUGUAGACGGAAGUCCUACAACUGUCCUACAGGCUCCUAGACUUCAGUCGAAAGUGGGAAAUAGAAAAUCAAAUGGAAAUCCGAAAUGUGGAUAUGAUAUACGGACUAUCAACGAAAACUUUGCUGAGAUUAGCUUUAAUCGCUACCGUAGUGCAUCUUGUAGAGUCGUUCCCCGUAGAAGCGCCAAACGAGAAGGCAAUGAGGUGCUGAGGAGGGGUUCGGUAUAUCAAAGUUCUAGGGAAGUGAGGCUGACGAAAAAAAUAGGUCCUGUUGAGGGAAGGAAAAAAAUUGAGUUCUCGCGAGGGAGUGCACCUGAAUUGCCGUUUGGAAUUAUUGAUUCCUUGUGUAGCUCAGACGAAGAUAGUUUAGCAGUUGAACGGAAAAGGUCCUCAGUAAUGUCGCUAAACUCAGAGCGAAGUACAGCAUCUGUUAGCAAUCCCUGUAUAGAGUUGAGUUCUCGGAAUUCGUUAAAUGACUCUUUCCGUCCUUGUCAAGGAAAAAGUGUCCCACCCAAUGUUUCUUCUUUAUGUUUGGAUUACGGAGAAAACCAAUCUGUUGUUGAUGCAGAUGGCCAGCCGGUUCAGGAUCCCAAGAUCACUUGUGAAUCUGUGACUGGUCCUGUAAAUUAUGGAAACAGCCUAUGGGAAAGAGAGCAAGAUGUCAAUUAUCACAAGUCAUUAUCAAAAAAAUUGGCUUUAUCGCGUUUUCCUGCUCGAUCAGAGAGUGAUAGCUCGAGGGCCAGCAGUCCAAAAGUCCGGUUUAAUCCUGUUAGAAAAAUGUUCGAUCCAUUUGUUAAAGCCAAGUCUCAGAGAAGUCCGUUAAGUUCUGCUAAUGAAGCUGGUCGGGAAACAAUAAUCAGGAUAAAACCUAACAAAAUAUUGCACAAAUCCCUGCUGCAAGAUUCUGCAGAAAUACCAAACGAUUUGGAAUGCAAUUCUCGGUGUCAAGAGAAUGAGAACUGUUCUUCAGUUUUGCAGUGUUCUCCAGCCCACCUACAUGGUGUUCUCAAGUUGGAAAAUAAACUUGGGGCACCAUUUUUUAAGUUUUCAGUUAAGUCACCAGAAGAUGUUUAUGUGGCAAAGACAUGGAAACCAGAUAAUACUUCAACUUGGGUCUACACCUUCCAUUCACUUCACCGUAGAAGAAAGAAUAAUGCUAGUGGAUGGGGAUUGAGAAAUGACAAUAAGGAAUCGUCUAUGGUGGGACAGAUGCAAGUUUCGUGUUAUCUAUGUACCGAAUUAAAAGGUGCUGGUGCUUAUGACAACUCUAUGGUGACAGAGUUCGUGUUGUAUGACAUCGCACAUCCAAUAAAAGGCAUUUCCUCUCAAGAUAGUUCCAAUUCAUCACCUGAUGUUGCUAAAGCACCCCCAGUUUCUGAUGAAAUUUUGUCUUGUGGUAAUCCUGAACUGGAUGAGGUCUCGACUAGCAAGAAGACUAAACUUCAACUUAAGCAUUCCCGUGACAGUGGUAACUUAGACUCAUCAACUCCACUUCCUCUGCAGGCAGCGGAAUUGCAUCCGGAGCUUGAAAUUGCAGCUAUAAUUAUGCAAGUUCCAUUUGAGAAGAGAGAGAGUCUGAAAUUUAAGAGUCAGGAUCGAGAGAAUGAUAAGCUGAUUUCUCAGUUGGUUGGUGUUGGUGGGCUCGAGCAGCGAAAGGCGGGUAUUUCUGAUUCUGCAAGUCCUGGAAAAAUGCAUGUUGUGAUUCCAUCUGGAAACCACAGUUUGCCAAGUAGUGAAAGUCGAGGCCCUUCUCCAUUACUAGAUAGAUGGCGGUUAGGUGGAGGAUGCGAUUGUGGGGGCUGGGACAUGGCGUGCCCUCUUAAUAUUUUCGGCAAUCCAAAUAUUCAAAUUUCUGUAGACCAUCACCCGGUGGAUAAUCAGCAUCCAUUGAAACUUUUUGUUCAGGGACGAAGAGAUGAUAUACCAGCAUUGACCAUGAGGGCAACUGAUGAUGGGCAAUAUGCUGUUGAUUUUCAUGCGCAGUUAUCUUCUCUACAAGCAUUCUCCAUUUGUGUUGCUAUUUUGCAUACUGCAGAAGCAUCCACCACAGUCGGGAAGGAGAGAAACAAACAAGUGUUGCAAUGUGAUUCCAUGAGGGUGUUCGCCGAGGAGGAAAUCAAAGGUUUGAUAGAUGCAAUAGUGGAUGAAGAUAAAUGCGAAGUUAACAAGAAAAUGGAAGAAGUCUUGCCAUCUUUCAUACUCAAUCCACCCUUCUCUCCAAUUGCUCGAGUAUAG